AUGGCCGAGUUACGGAAUUUGCUGAUCGCACAAACCGAUAAAAUCGACCAGCUCAAGAGAGUUCUAAUAAACUUUAAAAAAUUGGCUAAGGCUAACGUAACUUUGCCGAAGACACAAGGUCGAUUAGAGAAAGUGCAUACGCUAUGGGCAUCCUGUCAGGAGCUGCAUCUCAAGUUGUUGCAGACCACUACGAAGGAGGAUCAGAAGACGAUGUCGUACUUCUUGGAUGAGGAAUUCCUGGAAGCUGAGGAGAUCUACGACGAGACCGUCGACUACCUCCGAGAAACGAUAAGUCGAUUUACUGACCGUCAACCGGUUACUCUCGAUCGUAGUACUGACUCCUCGGUUCGCGAUAAUACUCAUGCCAACUUUCAUUUGCCACGGAUUACAUUACCUAAAUUUUCCGGUAGAUUUCUCGAGUGGGAGAGUUUUAAGAGUACAUUCGAGUCGCUAGUCGCAAAAAAUGACGCUCUCUCUAAUACUCAGAAGUUCCAUUAUUUGAAAACAAGCAUCAUCGGCGACGCCGCAUUAAAAAUUAAUAAUUUACGAAUUUCUGACGCGAAUUACGAGUCCGCGUGGCAACUGUUAGUUGAUGAGUAUGACGAUCGGUUAACGUUGAUUCAAUCGCAUUUGCAUGCGUUUAUGAAUCUGCCGAUUAUGAGAAAUGAAAAUGUCAUAGAAUUAAGCAAGUUGCGCGACACAGUGGCCGCGUCGAUUGCCGCGUUACAUAAUCUAGAUAGACCGGUGGAUCAAUGGGAUGAUAUUCUCGUGUACGUUGUCUCCCAGAAAUUUAGCGUUAAAACAAAGAGCGAGUGGAACUUGAAAGUCUCGUCGAGUCACGCGAUCCCUUCUUACAAGGACAUCCACGAGUUCCUUGCUCUUCGUAUUCGGGGUUUAUCCGAUUUUACUGACGUUGCAAAAAUUGCCGCAAUUUCUAAGAACGACAAGCCGCGAUCGUCUGUAAACAACGUUUCCGCUAUAAAAUGCAUUCAUUGUUCCGGUAAUCAUUUUAUUUCAAAAUGUGAAACAUUUCUCAGUAAAUCGGCCACGCAACGAAACUCUAUUGCGCGUCAAAAUAGAAUUUGCUUUCUCUGUCUGAAGCCGGGUCACAUGUCGCCAAAAUGUACAAGCAAGCAGCGAUGCUCCCACUGUCGUCGCCCUCAUCAUUCGUUGUUACAUUCCGCGAAUCAUCAAGCAUCGGCCGACGACGACAAGCCGGAAUCGAAUAAGACGGGCGCAGCGACGAUCGCGAAAACGGAUACAUCUUGCGUUCUCGAGAAAGCUGCCGUCGCGAGCGUUCAAACUGUGAAACCGCCAAGCGUUACGACUCCGACAGUUCUUCUCGCAACCGCGUGGGUCGACGUUCAUACUGCCGAAGGUAGAUGCUUCAAGGUUCGCGCGCUGCUGGAUCAAGGAUCCAAUUUCAGCUUCAUUUCAGAAGCGUUGUGUCAGACCAUGCGUGCGAAGCGACAACGAGCCGACCUACAGAUAAAAGGAUUCGGAGAGAAGUUUACUGGUUCAGCUAAAUCGCGAGUAUCAUUGCGGCUGACACACUGCGAUAAGUCAGAUCCCACGUUUCCUUUUACCGCGUACGUAUUUCAGCGGAUUACGUCUUACGCCGCGUCGCGGAUUCAGCCUGUCGAGUCGUGGCCUCAUUUAAAAGGCCUUUCUUUAGCCGAUCCGGACCCGUCAAGUAACCAUCAGAUCCACAUGUUGAUUGGCGCGGAUAUUUACGGCUCGCUUUUGAUGCGCGAUUUACGACAGGGGCCGCUCGGCACGCCCACUGCCCAGUUAACCGCACUCGGUUGGAUUAUUUCCGGGCCCACCGGAAAAGAGCAACGGGCUUCGACAGAAGCUGCCGUCUUGAACUGUGUUCUCAGUCAAGACGUGGACUCUCUUCUCCAGCAAUUCUGGAUGGAUGAAGAGAUCUCGUCACCCACUCCUCUCACUGACGAAGAGGAGAAUUGCGAACGACAUUUCGUUCGAACUCAUUAUCGUCACUCCGACGGUCGAUACGUAGUUCGACUGCCGUUUAAGUCAGCUCCGCCGAUCGAAAUCGGGGAAUCUCUGUCCAUCGCGCGGUCUCUCUACGGUCGUAUGGAGAAUAGAUUGAGGAAUCGUUCAGAACUCGGUUCGCAAUACAACGAGUUUCUUGCUGAGUAUGAGUCGCUCGGACAUAUGACCCGCGUAGACGAGUUGGAACAAACGGAAUAUUUACCGGUUUAUAUCCCGCAUCAUCCAGUGAUUAGGGAAGCAAGUUGUACUACUAAGUUACGCGUAGUGUUCAACGCAUCGUGUAAAACUCGAAACGGCACAACGCUGAAUGAUCACUUGUUAAUUGGACCUAAGUUACAGCAGGAUCUUCCUGCCGUUUUGUCUCGGUGGCGAAGAUGGCGCCAUGUCUAUACUGCGGACAUAGCAAAGAUGUUCCGUCAAAUUCGCGUUCAUCCCAAAGAUAUAGAUUAUCAGCGAAUUCUUUGGCGUCCGACGGAGGACGCGACGAUUCAACAUUAUCGGCUCCUCACGGUGACAUACGGUCUCGCUCCGGCUCCAUACCUCGCCAUGCGCGUGCUCAAACAACUUGCUCUCGACGAGGGCGUUAAUUACCCUGCCGCGGUUCCAAUCUUGAAUGAGUCCAUCUACGUGGAUGACACUUUGUUUGGAGCGAAUGAUAUUCAGACUUUAACAGAUACGCGCGAUCAAGUGAUAAGUCUUAUGAAAAGCGGAGGUUUUCAGUUAAGAAAAUGGGCGUCCAAUACGAUCGAGCUUCUCAAAGAUUUUUCGACCGAUAAAUCCGACGUCACCGAUCACCUCAUCCUAAAUAACGAAUCACUCAAAGUGCUCGGUCUUUCAUGGAUCCCUGCUGGACUCAUUUAG